CUUUUGACUACCCUACUGGAAAAUUAGCAAAUCAGAAGCUCAUCAAAGUGCCACGAAUAUGCGAAUUUCCUCUUCAUCAUUGGAAGAUUCGUGUUUUAAUUCGCAUCUGCCAACGACUCUGACAUCUUCUAAAACUCCCAUGGCUUCUUGAUUCAUACCCACACGAGUUUUUCUAGCUCCAACAACGAUUUCCAGUUGUGCAUUUCUACCUAUUCUUUAUUGGCAAUCAGUCGAAUUGUUGACUGAUUGCCAAUCGACCCAUGGGUCCAGAGAGUCAAUCAAACACAGGGAGACCCCUAGAACACAUGCAUGGAGUCCAUGUGGUUCAACAUUCACCAUUUGAGUUAGAAGAAAUCUCUCAAAAUGGAAACUUUCAGCAGUCGACCCAUGGAAGGUUGACCAUAGGAGUUAACCAGCUCUUAAGAGUACACACUGUGCAGAGAGUAUGGGAGCAAAGACCAUCAUGUCUAAGACCCAUUAAUAGUUGUUUACAUGGCGAUAGACAUCUUGCUGAGAGAAUUGCAAAUGUUCUUACUUCAAUUCCUUUUAUUGCUGUUGGAAUUCAAGCUCCAAGAAAGAAUUUGAACUCAAAACUUUAUGCAAAUUCAUUAAUUGGAGUAGGAAUUGCAUCAAGUUUAUACCAUUCUUCUAGAGGAAAAUGGAGAAAGUAUUUAAGAUGGGCUGAUUACACAAUGAUAGCAACAGCCACAGUGUGUUUAUCAAGGGCACUUAGGGAAGAAAACCCAAAACUUUUAAUGGCUGCAUCUGCUUUAUGUCUUCCUAUUCAACCACUUAUGGUUUCAGCUGUUCAUACUGGGAUGAUGGAGGUUGCAUUUGCAAGAAGAGCUUUAGAAGAUCCAAGGCUAAAAGUUGUGCACAAUGUUCAUAAAAUGUCAGCACUUUUAGGAGGAGCUUUUUUUGUGGCUGAUGAUUUGUUUCCUGAAAUUCCAUAUCUUCAUGCGGGUUGGCAUUUAGCUGCUGCAAUUGGUGUAGGUGCUUGCAACAAGCUUCUAGAAUAGUCAAGUCAAAUGAAUCAAAUCAAAUCAAAUAUAUAAUUUGUCGAAAUAUCAAAAUAGGUUUUGCUUUUGCUCACUUAUCGGUGGCUAUAUAAACCUAUAUUAGUUAUUAUUUAAGUAAAGAUUGUUUGUUAUAGACUAGAGUUAUUAUCAUUGUGUGAUACUUAAAUCAUGUAUGUUGCU